GAACGACGCGAGAUGGCAAUACCGUACGAACGUUUGUUCUGCUGAUGGCGAAGUACGAGCACAACAAACUGACAUGAACUCUGCGAGCAAGGUUGGUGAAAUUUUCACCGCAGCCGGAGCAGCGUUUAAUAAACUUGGAGAACUAACCAUGCAAUUGCAUCCUACGACGGACUCACCUGCAGGUAAAUGGACUGACGAGGAAAUUGAGAUGCUCCGUCACUCGGUAAAGACCUUCAGUGAAGACUUGAACAAAAUAAGUGAACACAUCAAGGGACGAACGGUCUCUCAGAUUCGAACAACGCUGAAAAAGAAAGCUUUUGAGGAAGCUGGCGUGCCGAUCAGGCAACAAAUACUAUCCCAACAGUCGCAACAGUCGGUCCAAGUGAAGCAACAAGGAAACCAAGGAUUGAUGGGCAAAUCGGCGGAGGUAACGCUGAAUAUGUUAAACGCACCGGAAUCGGAGGUAGAUGUCGAAGGACUACCGGAAGAAUGUCAAGUGAAGCUCGAGUUCGAGGGUGCGACGGAAGAAGUUGCCUCUUAAUGAACCGAGAGUGACUUCCAAACGUGACUCUUCCAAUCUCGAUCUCUAAAUUUAAGAUAAUUUUCAUAUAAUAUACGCUUAGUAUUAAGUAAUCAAUAUGUACAUUCGAUAAGU